AUGUUCGGUGGUGUAGUUGGGACCAGACCCAGACGACGACAGAGUGAGAGUAUGAUCAAAUCGAUAUUUUAUUCACGGUUUCAUCCGGGGAAAGGUUAUCCCCCUCCCCUCCUUCUCAUCUGUCUCAUACUGCUAUAAUUAUAAAACCCAACUAAACACCGGAAACAAAUUCCUACUCUUUUACUGCACAGGCCCGCAAGUAGUUCACCAGGUCCCCUCGGGCUCCGUGACUUCCACCCCCCCACCGCCACCGCCCUCCACCUCCACCGUCUCCUCCACCUCCGCCGCCAACAGCGAUGGAAAUCACCCCGCUCCCAUGACCCCACCGCUGCCCCCAACCUCCCCGCUACCCACCUCCCCCCCGCUCUUCGACUUCGAAACCGUCAGCGAGUACAUCAUUCCCAAGCAGGAGCUCUGCGACCGCCUUGUGACCGUCUGCACAAACAAGUACCGCAUCCUGGGCUACCCGGUGUGCCUGGAGGACGGGAAGUACGCGCGCAACGAGUUCAUCUUCAACUUUGCCAUUGUCCUCGACGAGGGCGUCGAGUACAGCACUUACAAGAGCGUCGUCAGGAAGGUGGCUAAGCUGUUCAGGGCGCUCGAGGAGCAAAGUGGCUUCCUCAGCAAUGAGGUCACCGCUAUGGGUGUGUUUGCCUUGAUUGAGCAGGUGUUGGAGGAUUUGAAUAAUUAUUCCGAGUGCAUGAUUCCUAUCAGUAGGUGUUUUUCGGCCCUUUCUAUUUUGCUUGCUUUCGGGAGUGGGAGGAUGGCUAAUGGUGUCCCGGAGGGGGGGGAUAGAUGAGAGCAAUACGAUCAAUAUUAAGCUAUUCCCGACGUAUGCUCCGCCGCCGCAGGUUAAGGCUUUUCAUGUACCGGUUUGUACGGUGCAGUUGGAGAAUCUGAUGGACGUUAAUUGGGAUCUAACCAUGCAGAAGGUCCAUCACCCUUGGGCCCCAGAUGGUCAGUUGUUGUGAGGGUUAAUAAGCGCUAUGAUAGAUCGUCCCUUUCAUCGAUGGUAUAAAUUCUGUCAGAAGGAUAUCGGAACUAGCAGAUGCAGAUUACAACCUCACGAGGAAGUGCAUCGAGCAUUUACUGUAUCCUCUUCCCCCCUGUUCCAUAUUAUGUUAUGUCUGGGUGGCCCUAGCUAACAGCUACAUAUAUAAACAAAAAGGUACUAUGGGUGCCUAAUAAUGGUCGAUGUCUUCCAGUUCAGCGCCAUAUACGCUUGCACCGCUGAGAUCUCGAUACUAGUGCAGGAUCCCAGUUUACAAGAAGAGUGUCAAGCCUACGUCUCCUACAGCAGCCCUCGCAUUCCGUUCCCCUUCCUCCUGCAGCUCUACACAUCCCUGACUCAAGGCCUUACCCUGAAGAAAUGGUGCAUGGAAAACGCAACGAAACUCAAGGGGAUAGACGUCCGUCGCUUCAUCUCCUUCGGAAUAGUCAAGGGCUUUCUCUACCGUAGUCACAGGUACCCGGUCCCCGCGGAGGGGAAGGUGGACAAGGCGUUGCCGUUGGCGAGGUACCUAGAUGGAGGUCACCAUUUCGAUGAGAUUUGCACCGACCUGCAGGCCAGCGAGAAGGAGGUUAUGGGGAUGUUGGAAGGCCGGGAUGUGCAGAUUGUUCAUCGGUAGAUGUGUUUUUUCGUUUGUAUUCUCAUAGAGGGAUCACAUUCGUUCGUUCAUUCAUUCAUCCGCGUAAUGCACGAUAUAUCGGUGUCUGGCACGUUAUAGUAUAGCAGCGGCUUAAUCUGUCCGUGGAAUUAAUACUCCCCAUCUUUUUGGGGAAUAGCUACCCGGCCAUCCAUAACAUGAUAUCCACCUCAUUCCACCUUAGUGGACAAGCGACCCAACCUGGCCCGGCCCAAGCCAACCCGAACGACCGAAAAAGAAGUAGAAGGGGGAGGGGAAAGACGAUAGCAAACCAACCCAGUCGAUCUAUCGACCACCCCUCAGUGCAAGAACCAAAUGCAACGUAGCCCCCCCUUCAAGGUUAUACUCGCUAGCAGCUUUAUCAUCCGCCCUACACCAUUUCCCGACCACAGAGCCAAUCAAUCAACAAACCGCCCUUCACAUCACAUCAUAUCGAAACACAAGAAGGGAAAGGAACCAACAUCUGCUUCCCACCAUAAAUCAACCUCUGCUGAGCCGGAGGAAUCCCCUCCUUCUCCUCCACCAGCUCCUUGAUACGAAAGACUUUGUAAUCCGGUUCAAUGUCCAGCUCGAUUUCCUUGCCCGUGAGGGUGCGAACUCUACAUGUUGUUAGGUGCCGGAUCUGAAUCAGGUUAGAUUCGAUGUGGGUGGACUUACUUGAUGAGCAUUGUGGAGGUGUUUUCGAGGAGGUGGUAUUGUGAUUGUGGCUGUUGGGGUGGUGGUGGCGGUGGUGGUGAGAGGGUGAGGUUUGAGAGGUUUGUUAGGAGUUGGUUUAUCGUUUUGAGGAUUUUUUUUUUCUUUCUUUCCUUCUUUCUUUUUUUUUUGUCUGUUUGGCUUGUUUGUGGUGGUGGUGGUGAGGAUCCGGAGGAGGGUGGGUUUGUAGAUGGUUAGGAGUCUGGAUGAGUGCGAGUGAGUGUGAGGGCGAGGUGAGGUGAGGAGUGGGGGGGGGGAGGUUUAGAGUCAGUCAGUUACCUGAGGCGAGGCUGUUACGUUAAUUGGCUGAUCCCCUUGGUUGGUUGGGUUCUGGCGCAUUAGUCAGGGAUUACUGGUACUUUUGUGCUUGUAUGAUAUGCUGGGUAUGAUACAGUAACUUAUCGUGCCGGUGGCUAGGUAUGAUACCGGUAUCAGGGGCGCUUGCGGGUCAUGUGCACGCACUCGCUUUGGUGCUGCAGGGGUAAAAAAUGGUGUUGGGUCCGGCUUUGGUUCUAGAGCAUUGUGCCGUUGGGCAUCUGAGUAUCGCGGGAGUAUGAAUGUGUCCACACAAAAACGGGCCACUGCACACCGCCUUCAAGUACAGGCAACACUUCUAAUGGUUGUGAGCGAGUGGGUGCGUUUUGGGGUGUUUGUUGACGCUCG